AUGGCUUCUGAUGAAAAGGAGUUGGUUGGUUUAUAUUUUCAAGGCGACGAAAUGGCCUUGAUUACCAUAACGGUUUUUUUCAGGACUGAGAUGAGGUCGGGCAGGGUUGAGGAUGGUUCUAAGUUUUGGGGGGCUUUGUUUUUCAGUUUGAUCAAUGUUAUGUUCAAUGGAGCGCAAAAGAUGGCCAUGACGGUUUUUAGGCUCCCGGUGUUUUUCAAACUACGGGACAACUUGUUUUACCCGGCUUGGGCUUUUGCUUUACCAAUUUGGGUGCUGAGUGUACCGGUGGUUGUGCAGUCUACAUUGUGGAUCGUUCUUACAUAUUACACCAUUGGGUUUGCGCCUUCUCCGGCUAGGUUUUUCAAGCAGCUCUUGGCUUUUGUUGGAGUGAAUCAGAUGGCUCUGUCUCUGUUCCGUUUUAUUGCUGCAGUCGGAAGGACACAAGUCAUUUCUAACACAUUGGGGAUUUUUACAUUGUUGAUGAUUUCCGUACUUGGAGGAUUCAUUGUUGCGAAGGAUGAUAUCGAGGAUUGGAUGAUUUGGGGGUAUUAUAUUUCUCCCAUGAUGUAUGGUCAAAAUGCUAUCGUAAUAAACGAGUUCCUUGCUGAGAGAUGGAGUGCACCUACUAAUGGCUCGGAGACAACUGUUGGAAAGACCCUUUUAAGGGACAAAGGCUUGUUCACGACCGAGUCUUAUUACUGGAUUUGUACUGUGGCCCUUUUCGGGUUCUCACUUCUAUUCAAUGUUUUCUUCGUAGUAGCAUUAACAUAUUUAAAUCAUAUUCAAGUGGCUAUGGCAAACAAAAAACCAAGAAGAGGGAUGGUCUUGCCUUUUCAACCAUUUUCUCUAGCAUUCAACCAUGUGAAUUACUAUGUCGACAUGCCAGCCAGAAUGAAGACGCGGGGUGUGAAAGAUGAAAGGCUCCAGUUGCUACGCGACGUGAGUGGCGCUUUCAGGCCAGGUGUCCUUACAGCAUUGGUCGGUGUGAGUGGAGCUGUAAAGACAACUUUAAUGGAUGUCCUGGCUGGCCGAAAAACAGGAGGCUAUAUAGAAGGUGAUAUAAGUAUUUCGGGUUACCCAAAGAACCAACUGACAUCUGCUAGGGUGAGUGGCUAUUGUGAGCAGAAUGACAUCCAUUCGCCUUAUGUCACCGUACACGAAUCCAUUCUUUACUCCGCGUGGCUACGUCUGUCUGCGGAUGUCGAUUUAAAAGCACGAAAGAUGUUUGUGGAGGAGGUUAUGGAUUUGGUUGAGCUGAAGCUGCUGAAAAAUGCUAUAGUUGGGCUUCCAGGAGUUGAUGGCCUCUCGACCGAGCAGAGAAAGAGGCUCACAAUAGCUGUCGAGUUAGUGGCCAAUCCCUCUAUAAUAUUCAUGGACGAGCCAACAACCGGGCUUGAUGCAAGGGCAGCAGCCAUUGUUAUGCGAACUGUGAGGAAUACAGUGGACACAGGACGGACUGUGGUCUGCACGAUCCACCAACCUAGUAUCGAUAUUUUUGAAGCUUUUGAUGAGUUGUUGUUAAUGAAGAGCGGAGGACGAGUGAUCUAUGCCGGACCCCUCGGCCACCACUCUCACAAACUUGUCGAAUAUUUCGAGGCUGUAGCGGGGGUUCCAAAAAUCGAAGAAGGCUACAAUCCAGCUACUUGGAUGCUGGAAAUCAGUUCCUCGGCGCGUUGA